AUGGAGCUGUUCUACAUCUUGCUGUUCGGGGCGUUGUCACUGGUGGUGGCGACGCUGGAACUGAGCAAGAGCAGCAAGGAUCGCAUCACCACAUCCUCCGCCUUCAAUUCCUUCAAGAACAACUACCUCGUCGUAUACUCCCUCAUGAUGGGUAAGCGGCAGAUCUCUCUCUCUCUCUCUCUAUACCCCUCCGAUCUGCUUUCCAUUUCUACGGUGCGACCCAGAUCUCCAAACCAGAGAAUGAGGGGAACCCUGGUCGGGGAACUGGCCUCAGUUCAGACCAGAUCUGGAAUCUCUGGUCCCGACCAAGCAAGGGAAAUCCUGCUCGAAUGACAUCUUUGAACUUCAUGAGAGUGAAGAGUGACGGAUUUCGGCAUACUCGCACACCCAGUGCCCGUCUAAUCCCUUAAACCGGGCGAUGUCUUCUGCGUAAAUUCUUCGAUUGAACGCGAACCCUCUCCUGGCAAUGGGGUUUCGUGAAUCUGAAGGGACCUAAUGCUGCUUAUGUUCUUGGUUCUUCACAAGACUUGAUAAUUUCUCAGCUGAUUUCUUCACCUUCCUUCCAAAUGAAUCGGAUUCGACUUGUUCUUCGAUCACUAUUCUAAGUUUCUUCUUAUGUGGUGGUACAAACGCAUGGAGAAUGAGAUCUGGGACCUAUGUUUUCUGAAGGACUGCUUUCCUUUGGUCUGGAGAAAAAUAUAUAUAUUAUUGGAAUGGGUGAUCUCAGUAUAUCGAAAGCUUUUCUGCGCAAAGUCAGUUUUGGGAUUGCCGAGUGCUCAAAACAAGUCUUCGGAAACCUCCAACCCUAAAGUAAAGUUCAUUAUUCAUUUGAGCUCAACGCCUUAAUCUCUUCAAGUAAUCUGUUUUUAAGCUUUAAGACUUCCUGCAUGCCGCAAGAACAUCAAUGCCGCUUGAAAUCUGGCCUUUCGAGUUCAUCACGGUGUGGAGAGUUGUAGUUAUCAGGGACUAAUCAAGUAGAAUAAUAUUUUUUCUAGUUUAUGUUUGUUGCAUUUAACAUUGACUAAGGUGAGCAUUGAUACUGAUUUUUUCUUUCGGAUCACCCAGCGUCAGUGAAUGAAACGUUUUAGGGUUUAAGUGAAGCGUGAGAGAGAGGCAUCACAAUUUGGAAGAAAACGAGUGCAAUUCUUUUUCCUUCAUUUUUCCUAAACGUUGGCAGGGAUCAAAUAGUAAUGGAUCAUCAUUCUGAACUGAUUUUCAAAGGAUCCAUUUUUAAUUUUUUUUUGGUGAAGCAAAUUCCAUAUUUUAUAGGUCAUGUAAAUGAUACGGUAUACAAGAACAUCAAGCAAGGAGAUUUUUAUUAUUAUUAUUACAUUGCAAACUCACUGCUAUUUCAGAAAAAAAGGGGAAUUGUUCAAAUAAAAUGCGAAUAAACUUAUUUAUUACGGUGUUCUGUGUUUAACAUGAUAUCUCAUUUUCCAUAGAAUGAAAAUGGAGUCCAGAAAAUAAAAGAAAAUUGAAGAUUUUUGAAUUAAAAUGCUUCAAUGGGGCCAAAGUUUUAAAUUUUCUGCCAAUGGAUUGAAGAUUUGUGAUUCAUCAAUCUAGCCUGACAAUUAUUUCAUUCCCGGCAACAGCUGGGGAUUGGUUGCAGGGGCCCUACGUUUACUUCCUCUACAGCCAUUAUGGCUUCGACAAGGGGGACAUUGGGCGGCUCUUCAUCGCCGGUUUUGGAUCCUCCAUGCUCUUCGGCACCAUUGUGGGGUCCCUUGCGGACAAACAGUGAGUCCUCACAGUUUAAUUCCCUCCUGUGGCAUCGAGCCAGCUUAACUCGCCAUUAUUAUUUUUCUGAAUUCUCUUUCUGGUUGUGUUGUGCUGGAUGAAGGGGCCGGAAGCGGGCCUGCGUGACUUACUGCAUCACCUACAUCCUUAGCUGCAUCACCAAGCACUCCCCACAGUACAAGGUCCUGAUGGUGGGCCGCAUCCUGGGCGGGAUUGCCACGUCGCUCCUCUUCUCGGCCUUCGAGUCGUGGCUCGUUGCAGAGCACAACAAGGUCAGACCACCCAAAUUGGCAAUCUGGUGACGGGCUUGAUGCCAUCCUCCUCCUCUGGUCGUUCCUCUUCUGUUCUGAGGUCCACUUUGAUGGUUGCAGAGGGGGUUCGAAGCGCAGUGGCUGUCGCUGACCUUCUCCAAGGCCAUAUUCCUAGGGAACGGGCUCAUUGCGAUCCUGUCUGGGCUCUUCGCCAAUGCCCUAGCUGAUAACCUGGGCUUUGGCCCAGUCUCCCCCUUUGACGCUGCAGCGUGCUUCCUGGCGAUCGGCAUGGCGAUCAUCUUGUCGUCGUGGACAGAAAACUACGGCGACCCUUCGGAGAGCAAGGACCUGCUGACCCAGUUCAAGGGUGCCGCCACCGCCAUUGCCUCCGGUCAGUUCCCUCCCUUCCAUUCUACCUUUCAUCUCCUUGAUUGCAGGCCGAUUUCUAUACUAACCAAUUUGGGGUUUGAUCAGUUGAUUAUUAUUGCCCCUCUAUUCCUCUGAGUUGAUGCGGGAUCUCUUCUAUCUUCUAACUUUGCUGCGGCCGGUUGGGUGCUUGGUGGAUCAGAUGAAAAGAUUGCUCUGCUGGGCGCGAUCCAAUCGCUCUUCGAGGGAUCCAUGUACACGUUCGUGUUCCUGUGGACGCCGGCUCUGAGCCCGAACGAGGAGAGCAUCCCCCACGGCUUCAUCUUCGCCACAUUCAUGCUGUCGUCCAUGCUGGGGAGCUCCAUCGCCUCGCGACUGAUGACCCGGGCCUCCAUCAGAGUGGAGAGCUACAUGCAGAUCGUCUUCGUCAUCUCCGCCUUCACCCUCCUCCUCCCCAUCAUCACCAGCGUACGCGUGAAUCUCCACCCUCCGCCUCCAUGGAUUGGAUUGGAUUGGGUUUUUUCAGGUGGCACGAUGCUGUGGCUGAUGAGGCUUGAGACUUUCUCGUAGGACAGCUCCUCGUGUCGCCCUCUUCGGUUAAGGGGGGCAGCAUCUCCUUGUCGGGCUCCAUCCAGCUCUUCGGCUUCUGCGUCUUCGAGGCCUGCGUCGGCCUGUUCUGGCCAUCGAUCAUGAAGAUGAGGUCUCAGUACAUCCCCGAGGAGGCGAGGAGCACGAUCAUGAACUUCUUCCGGAUCCCUCUCAACAUCUUCGUCUGCAUCGUCCUCUACAAUGUGAGAAUCAUCUAACCCAUUAUCUGUCGCUCUUGGAGUCAAAUCAGAUCAUUGGUUGACCGUUGCUUCUUGUGGGACUACUAUCCAAGGUCAACGCGUUCCCGAUCACGGUCAUGUUCGGCAUGUGCUCCAUCUUCCUCUUCAUGGCAUCCAUCCUGCAAAGGCGGCUGAUGGUGGUCUCGGAGAUGCACAAGAGUGGGUGAUUCUACUGAGAGAUCUUGAGACAUCUGAUCUUUACUAUUAUGAUUAUGAUUAUGAUUGUUAUGAUUAUUAUUUUCAUUCAUACAGAGCCCGAAGAUUGGUCGGCCAUGAAGGAGGACCCGGACGAGGAGCCGCUCAACUAUGACCAAUGA